CUUUACGCACUGACGCAAUUUUUGCCUUGUUGGAAGGUGGUUUCAGUAGGAAACGGUGUGACAGUAGGCGGUAUCAGCGUAGAAACACCGAAUAGAGAUACCCAAAGAUACACGGACCCACUCACUCGAAUGGUAUUUUGUCCGCUGCUAUUUAAAGAUGUCCGUUACUGAAGACCUCCAAGAGAUGGAUGGAACAGACCUGUUAGGGCUCCUGUUCCAUGAUAGUGGAGAUGGAUCUACUGAGCCUUUUUUUCCUGAUGGGAAUGGGCUCAUUGAAUCCUGGCUGUCUGAACAAGAUAUGCUGACAGGAGUGGAAACUGAGGACUUUCUCUCCAGCUUGUUGGAGGAGGACAUGGAUGCCAUCUGUCCGUCCCAUUCUCCCUUGGGCAGCGAUAGUGGCAUCUCUGAUGACAGCAGCACUGGGGGUGGAGCUGCAAACAACAACAUCCUAGGAUGCUCAAGUCCCCACAGCAGUGAUAGUGAUGUUGUGCCCAGCCCAAGCUACUCCCACCCCAGCCCAGAGCAUUCUGACCCUGCCAUGACCCCUGGAGAGAUCCACAGUGAGAGCCCAGAGGCCUUGACAGUUCAGGCAGACCAUAGCUACUCCAUGCUGCAGAGUCCAGACAGGGACAUGGAUGCACUGCAGAGUGUGAGGGCAGAGAAGCUGGAAACGGACGUCUUCAUUGAUCUAGAUGACCUGGUCACUGACACGAUGGAGGAGGACAACAACAUGAUGGAGGAGGACAACACCAGUGAGCUUCCCUGCACUUUGGCCAUUGAGGACUCAGCACAGGAUUCAUCACAGCUCAACAAAAUAGAACAGUUCCAGUUUAAAGAGAUUGUGCUCACUGAAGAAGAAAAGCGACUUCUGGCAAAAGAAGGAGCUACUAUACCAACACACAUGCCUCUUACAAAGGCUGAGGAGAGGACCUUGAAGAGAGUCAGGAGGAAGAUCCGCAACAAGCAGUCUGCUCAGGAGAGUCGCAAAAAGAAGAAGGUGUAUGUUGAUGGACUGGAAAACAGGGUGGCCAUAUGUACUGCACACAACCUGGAGCUACAGAAGAAAGUUCAGAUGCUUCAGAAACAGAACAUGUCUUUGAUAGAGCAACUGAGGAAACUGCAGUCCAUAGUGAAAAUGUCAACAAUGAAGGCUAGCACAACCAGCACUUGUGUCAUGGUGUUCCUGCUUUCGUUCUGCCUCAUCCUGUUCCCCUCUGUUAAUCCAUUUGGCAGCAAAACCGAACAAAAGGAGCUCUACACCUCCUCCCCUCUCAUCUCCAGGAACAUACGCUCAGUACCAUCUGACAUCGCAGAUACCCCAACUUACAUGGAGUCUGACGAAGACAUGCUUAUCCUUGUGCCCCCAGAGGUGGAAAAUGUUAAAGCAUUGUUUGGUGGUGGUCAGAAGAAUCACACUCCUGACUAUCAGACGGUAGAGCAGUCAGAGUCAGAAACAGGUGUCAACAGUAACUCCUCGGCAGACUUUCCAGCCGGUACUAGUCAGGCUGCAGAGAUCAAGCCGGGGCAGCCUGGUGCUGCGUCCUUACAAGAAGGACCUGUUGAUUCUGGAGUGCCGUCCGCUGUGGCAUAUGAGGUGACUGGGUCCAAAGACAACUGGAUUGAUAGGAACCCCCCUUCUGUUAUAUUACAGCAGCACCGCUCAGAUGAGAUGUAGUAGGAAGACGUGCUGAGUAUUACCAGCAGAGGGAGCCAUAUCCAUAAUAUUUUUAGACGGGGAAGCUUGAAUUUUAAUGAAGGAGGAAGGGAAAGUACUGGUAAUUAUCAUAUAUAGAAUCAUUCUGUCCCUACUUUUCCCCUCUAACAGCCUUCUGAUGUACUACUGUUACUUUAUUUGCACUUUGGUCUGAUUUCCUUGUUCCAAGGGGCAGAAAUAACUGGCAUAGAGAUUUCCCUGUUUAAGUACUGUAUAACCUCCCCAACUGAAAAGGACUUUGCUGAGAUAAGAUACAAACUCGUGCACCAUUUGUUGGCACUACCAAGAAAAGUGGUAACAGAUUACUUCAAAUGAAGUAUUAUUUAAUGGCAUUCUUCUCAUAUCACUAAAUUCCAGGGGGAGUUUUAUUUGACUACUAUAUCUAACCGUCUCCAGCAGACCUGGAGUUUUGUCUUUCUUGCUCUUGAAUGACUCUCCCACAGUAAAAGUUUGAGAGAACCAGUAGUCCAAUAGUUUCAACAGCAAACUAGCCACCAACAUCCAUUGCAUAGUAGAAAAUAGGCUGCUUUAUUGUCAUUAAGCUUGAACAAAGUGGUUGUUUAACUACCGAAAUGCUUAAGCCAUUGCAGGACAUUGGGCCAUGUAGAAGAGUUGUAAAGUUUAUUAGUAUUUCCCUUGUAACAAGGGUAUCCAUGCUUCUUUUAAUUUUGGAAUGCUUUGUAUUUAUUUUGUACAGUAAAGCAAGAAAAAUGUUGGCAAAAUAUAAAGUAAUUGCGUCUGAACCAUUGACCAUUGUUAUCAGACCCCUCUACGCUCACAAUCUUCUCUUUUCCAAUUUCAUGGGACAGUUCUUACCUUUAUAUCCUAUACGUGUCUUAAAUACCCAGCACUUUGGUGCACAGAAAAAGGGAUUUCAUAAGUAUUUGCUCUGUAAAAUGUGUUGCAGUAAAAUAUACUCAAAAAUGUAAUGACCUGUUCUGUCAGUGAGGCAUUUUUGUUUUCUGUUAUUUUUUUGUGUAUUUUUUUAUGUUAAUAUUGGUAAUAAAUGGACUCUAAAUUGUAUUGGAACUGGCUUUUAUUAUAAUCAUUAGGCUAUGAGAUUUUACUUGUUGAUCAUGUUAAACAAAUGCACUGACAUUUGACAUAAUCCAGGAAUGGAAUGUAAAUAAGCAUAUAUGAUUGUAGCACUUCUGUACAUUUGAAUUCUUUAUGUAUAAGACAUGUCUGGACAUCUAUAAUAAACCUUUUAUACGUCAAAAA